UCCGGCCACCUCAGCGGGAAGCGGAGACGCAAGCAGCUGGAUCUUCGGCAAGUAAGGUAGAGGUACGACUGCCGUCGCGGCGGAGGAAGUCAAGGCGACGCCUACGGCCGUGCGGGCCACUGUCGGGUCCCUGUAGCCUGCGAAGAUGGUGUUGCUCACGAUGAUCGCCCGGGUGGCAGACGGGCUCCCGCUGGCCGCCUCGAUGCAGGAGGACGAACAGUCUGGCCGCGACCUUCAACAGUACCAGAGUCAGGCUAAGCAACUCUUCCGAAAGCUGAAUGAACAGUCCCCUACCAGAUGUACCUUGGAAGCUGGUGCCAUGACUUUCCACUACAUCAUUGAGCAGGGAGUGUGCUACUUGGUUUUGUGUGAGGCUGCCUUUCCUAAGAAGUUGGCUUUUGCCUACCUAGAAGAUUUACACUCUGAGUUUGAUGAACAGCAUGGAAAGAAGGUGCCCACUGUGUCUCGACCCUAUUCCUUUAUUGAGUUUGAUACCUACAUUCAGAAAACCAAGAAGCUCUACAUUGACAGUCGUGCUCGGAGAAACCUGGGCUCGAUCAACACUGAAUUGCAAGAUGUGCAGAGGAUCAUGGUGGCCAAUAUUGAAGAAGUGUUACAACGGGGAGAAGCACUCUCAGCUUUGGAUUCAAAGGCUAACAAUUUGUCCAGUCUGUCUAAGAAAUACCGCCAGGAUGCAAAGUACUUGAACAUGCGUUCCACUUAUGCCAAACUUGCAGCAGUAGCUGUAUUUUUCGUCAUGUUAAUAGUGUAUGUGCGAUUCUGGUGGCUGUGAAGUAAUGAACCAGUCACUGGCAAGGGAGAACCUACAAUUCGGCAGGUGUAUGUUUUCAGGAAGCUGAGCUCACAGAGAUGUGUAUUAGAAUCCAAGUGGAAUUUCUGCCUCUAAAGACCUUGCAAGAAAAGAUACGCCCUGAAAAUGAAAGGUUACACCUCAUUUAACGAAGCUUAACCCUGUGUAGAAAGUCUCUUGUGUGGGCAGAGGCUUUCUCUGGGUGCUAAGCCAUAUGUGUUAGGGAACAGUAGAUUGUUUUCUUUUGUUUUUUCCCUCCCAGUGUUUUACAUUUCUAAAACAGCACUGAUCAGGGCAUCCUCAUUCUCUAGUGGAGCCAUCAGUGAGGUUUGGCUUAACCAAUCUGUGCUAGAAAUAGUCUGCAAUUCCUUCAGAGAAGGCAGCCCUUUGGGAAGAUUUUUGACUCUAUCUGAUCAACAUUCCUUUUGUUGGUGACAUUUGUGAAUUUCAGUAAUCUGAGCUUUGGAUGGCCUUUUAAAUAAGAAUCCAGUAUGUAAAGGUUAAUUGCUGUGCUGCAAAGAUCUUGUCUCUUGGCCCCUGUAGGAAGUUAACCUUUGUUGUUUUUCUUUUGUGAUAUUUUGCUUAUUGCACAAUUGCUUUAGGGUUAAAUGAAUUAUAUUAAGAUGCCUUGAAAUUAUAGCACUCCUUGAUUAAGAAGCUAAAAUGUUUUCUGUCAUUUACUCCUUAAAAGACUUAAAUUAGUUUCGGACAUUCUUAAUGUUAUUUUUCAGCAUCUGGUUUAUGUUAAUAUAAGAGUGAGAAUAGCUUAUAGAUAGCCACAGGCCCCUGAUGUAAUGAGAAGAAAGGCCUGCUCGUAACUACAGCAUUGUCCUGCCCCUUUCUCACUUUCUCCAUUACAGUUUUCCCCACACUCUUUUCCUCCUGCCACAGUUUGCUAACAUUUUUUAAAUUCUUCUGUGACCAUUAGUUUCGUGUCCCAUAAACAUCCUCUCAGGAUAUUCUCAAAUUUCAAAAUGGAAAAUGUUCAGCUGUGUAGUUAAUUAAAUUUAAAUUUUUGCAUAGCAACUGCUCAAACUACUAAAUACAUUUAUCUGAGAAAGUCUCUGAGAGUACUUCAUACCUCCUUCAGUCUAUGUAAAUUCCCUGAGAAUGUUCUAGAGAUAGAUUAAUCAUUUACAGUGGCUUCUGUUAACAAAUAAAAGUACCUAUGAUUUUUCCCUUUUUUUGCUCAGGGAUGAUAGGGAUUUCCUUUUACCUUCUGAGGUAGGAUUUUUUAAGUGAGAAGAACGGGACUUUUAAAUAGUGUCACAAGGGUCUACAAUAUAACCUAUAAUUCCUACACAUACUGCAAAUAUUUCUUUAAAUUGUGCAGGAAAAUGAGCCAACUUCUUAUUUCUUCACAUCUUUAACCAGUAAGCAAUUUUAUAACUUUAAGAGAUCAUCAAAGCUACUGUCCUGAUUCCUGAUAGAGAAAAAAAUCCUGUUUCCUUAUAACAAGGCAAGGAGAAAUGCUUAUUUUAUUCCUGAUAAUUUACAGAGCUAGAAUACAAUUUUUUUUUCCAUUUUGAACCUAAAUCUGCCAAUUAGAGUUUGGUGCAUGAAAUAGGAAGUUACUUUUUAUAGAGAAUAAGUGCUUUUAAGGCCCUAAAAGCCUUGUCCCUAAGUAAUGAUGUUGAUAAUAAAAGCCUUUGAAAGGCUAAAAACCUAAGUAGUGGUACCAUAGCAUUUGGUACUUCUAAACGAGUGGAGAGUGGCAGCUCGUUGAGAGUUGCAUGCUGCAACCACGUGUUCAGCAAUGAAAUAAAUACUUCUAGAAUGUUCCCUUCAG